GCCGGGACUGCGGCUCCGACGCGCUCCUAUCCCAGCAGCACCGCAGGAGCGGCCGUUACCCUCUGCACAUCGGAGACGCGAAGAUGAAAUCUUCUGACAUUGACCAGGAGUUGUUCACUGAAAGUUACUGCAGAGUGUGCAGCGCGCAGCUGAUAUCCGAGUCCCAGCGCGUGGCUCACUAUGAGAGUCGGAAACACGCCAGCAAAGUUCGCCUCUAUUACAUGCUUCACCCCAUCGACGGAGGCUGUCCAGCCAAAAAACUCCGCUCAGAAAACGGCAGCGACGGUGACUCAGUGGAUAAGAACAAAUGCUGCACGCUAUGUAACAUGUCCUUUACCUCAGCAGUGGUGGCUGAAUCGCAUUACCAAGGGAAAAUCCAUGCCAAAAGGUUAAAGCUGUUGCUAGGUGAGCCACCGGCGCUGAAGGCCACAGAGACCUUGGGCUCACUGAAGCAGCCCCGCGUGGAUCGGCCUCCAGCAGCAUCCCCACCUCAGCCACGCAGGGAUUCGGAUCGCUACUGCCAGCUGUGUGCUGCGUGGUUCAACAACCCCGUGAUGGCCCAGCAGCAUUAUGAUGGCAAGAAGCACAAGAAGAACGCGGCCAGGGCUGAGCUGCUGGAACAGCUGGGGAAGACGCUGGACCUGGGCGAGCUGCGAGGCCUGAAGCGCAGCUACACGUGCAACAUCUGCAACGUCACACUGAACUCCAUAGAGCAGUACCACGCGCACCUGAAGGGCUCCAAGCAUCAGACCAACCUGAAGAAUCAGUAGCAGUGCAUGGGAUUGGAGCAAGGAAAAGCACUGAGGCCUCACCUGCAGGGAGGAAGGCUGCUAUCCUGGACACUGACCCCACGCAGUGGAUGACUGACACGUAAUUAACCCUCGCUUUGGACAGAUACACGGAUCUUAUUGUUAUUAUUAUUAUUAUUAUCAAUUUUUUUUUUUUUUAAUUUUGUGGUGAGUUAAAAAAUAUUUCAAUGGAUUUUUUUUUUACCCUUUCAAGAUAAUAUUUAUUCAGCACAGAGUUUAGAGAAUGAUAACUAUCCUGUAAAUACGACGCUUACUCAUCACUCAUCGCCACAGACAGAAGAAAGGAACUAUUUUACUUUUUUCAUAUUUAUUCUUAGAUUUCUUCCGAGAGUAUAAAAAUAUUCUAUUGCAUUAAUCCACGGUCGUGAUGUAAUCAGCCUCCAACCAGAAAUAAACACGCUUCCUUCACCUUCUCCAGCAUGGUUUUGUGCCGACACCUUGACCUCCAAAAGUGAACCGCAGGGAUUGAAUAACGGAUGAAUGUUUUUCCUUUCCUCUUCGUCUUCAGAGAAACAAACGGUUCACUGGGAGGAGAAAGCUGAAGUGAAAGCGUAGGAUCCUUUCCCUGCCCUUAGGACUGCUGCUGGG